AUGACCGUGAACUCCAGUUUUCCAUGGUUGAUGGUGAUUUCAAGAAGUUUGAAGGAAAAUGGUCUGUCAAAUCUGGUCGUGCUAACUCCGACACAUUUAGCUAUUGUGAUGGAAUAUGCUGCUGGUGGAGAGCUCUUUGCAAAAAUUUGUAGUGCUAGUGGAUUCAAUGAAGAUGAGAUGGACUUGAAGCUAGAAAACACACUUUUGGAUGGGAGUCCAACACCACGUCUUAAAAUAUGUGAUUUUGGUUAUUCUAAGUCUGGUUUGUUGCACUCACAACCCAAAUCGGCAGUUGGAACACCAGCAUAUAUUGCACCUGAGGUCCUGUCAAGGAAGGAAUAUGAUGGGAAGGUCUGUAUCAUCAAAAUUCUUGAAGAAUUUACAGAGAUUCUCUCCCUCUGA